AUGACCAACGUCAAGUACGACAGCAUAUUCGUCAUUACCGACAGAUUGACGAAGUACGGAUACUUCUUACCGUACAAAGAAGCAAGCAACGCAGAAGAGCUAGCAUAUGUGUUCCUACGAACUAUUGUCAGCAAUCACGGACUACCGAACGAGAUUGUCUCUGACAGAGGAAGCACAUUUGUGGCCAAGUUUUGGCAAGCUCUCAUGGCACAAUUAGGAACGAAACAUAAGCUCAGCACAGCUUAUCACCCACAAACAGAUGGACAAACAGAACGACUCAACCAAACGCUUGAACAAUAUUUACGAUGCUACAUCAGCUACGAACAAAACGAUUGGGUUAAUGGCUACCGACGGCACAACUAG